CUAAUUAGUCAAAUUGGAACCUACUUUCUCAUACCAUUUUGGCGAUCUGACCAUUCAAGAAUAGACAAAAAGGGAGUUCACCAAAAAAGUUGUGACUAUUUGACUGGGGGUAAGAAUGAAAAUUUAGCGGUCAAAGGAGUAUCCAUUGUACUUCAUCUUGUGAUCUGAAUUGUGGAGAGAAUAUCACACUUGUCUUACCGAAAACAGAAUCACAGAGAGGUUGCAGGCUUUUAUAGUUGGCGUUUCUAAUGCCUAUGAACUUACAAUACUUCAUUGCUUUAAAUACAUAGAAUUGAUCUCUUACCGAAAACUCAAUGCAUCUAAGUGCUCCAACUGGUCUCUUCAAUCACAAAUUUGCUUGAAAAUUAAGCCACCUGCAUCCAUCAUUCUCACUAUAAACACCUCCAUUUUCUCAGCAACCAAAACAGUCGCACUCCCUGUUCUCUUUGCUUAGACACUUAUGCUGAACACAAUGUUUCCUCUCAGUCCCAAAAAUAUACCUACAUCAGUAUCCUCACUGUUCUCAGCCUAUGCCUCCUUUACUGCAUUCAUAAUGUUGUUCCGUGCCAUUGUCAAUGAACUCAAAUAUCUCAUCCCCCUCGGGGUUCGAUCAUACAUAUACUCUAAAUUUCGGUACUACUUCUUUACUCAUCCCUCUGAUGAUGACCUAACUCUUGUCAUCAACAAGCACUUUGGCAUGGCGCCUAACGAGGUCUAUGAGAAGGUAGAGGUCUACCUUGGAGCCAAGAUUAGUCCUUCCGACAAGCGUCUGAUACUGAGCAAGACAAAUCAACAGAAGACUGUCACACUCGCCAUUGAAAAAAGAGGCCAAGUUGUCAGUGAUACCUUUGAUGACAUUGACCUUCGGUGGAGUUACGUGGCCAAACCAAAGAAGUCCAAAUCCAAGCAGAGUUCUGCUGGAGAUGAUGAAGAAGAAGUAGAGUGGUGCUUUGAGUUAAUGUUCAAUGAGAAACACAAAGCCAAAGUGAUAGACUCCUACAUUCCCUAUGUGUUUACUCAGGCCGAAUCCAUUAAACAAGGGGAGAAAGCUCUAAAGCUUCAUUGUUCUGGUAGGGAUCAUUAUGGGACUUCUAAAAGUUGCAUAGAUCUUGUACACCCUGCAACUUUUGAGACAAUAGCAAUGGAUUCAGAACUUAAAAAAAUGAUCAUAGAUGACUUGGAUAUGUUCGUGAAGAGGAGGGAAUUUUAUAAGAAGGUUGGGAAGGCUUGGAAAAGAGGUUAUUUGUUAUAUGGUCCACCUGGUACUGGAAAAUCUAGCUUGAUUGCUGCCAUGGCUAAUUAUCUCCAGUUUGAUAUACAUGAUUUAGAGCUUUCUGGUAUUCGUGACAACUCUGACUUGAGAAGGGUGUUGUUGUCUACUACAAAUCGUUCUAUUCUGGUUGUUGAGGACAUUGAUUGCAGCGUGAAAAAAAAAAAUCGGGAAUCAGCUCAGCCUUCCAAACCCUCUAAUAGCCUAGAUUGUAGUCCAACAAGCAAGUUCACGCUGUCGGGUCUACUGAACUUCAUAGAUGGUCUAUGGUCAUCUUGCGGCGAUGAGAGAAUAAUUGUGUUCACCACCAACCACAAGGAGAAACUAGACCCUGCAUUGAUGCGUCCAGGUCGAAUGGAUGUGCACAUUCACUUGUCAUAUUGCACUCCAAGUGGGUUCAGAACCUUGGCCUCUAACUACCUUGGCAUUCAUGAAACCAACACUCAUCACCUCUGUGGAGAAAUUGAAGGCUUAAUAGAGAGUGCAGAGGUCACCCCUGCAGUUGUAGCCAAGGAGCUUAUGAAGAGUAAUGAUACCGAUGUUGUUCUUGAUGGGCUCGUCAAGUUCCUCAAAGAAAAGAAGGUCAAGAAUGAUAAAGAGAAGUUAAAAAAGGCUAAAAAAGCCGAUGAGGAAGGGACUAAGAAAGCAGAGAAGCAGGAAAGGGAGGAGGAUGUAAACAAAAGCUGCUAGAAGAGUUGGAGUAAAACAGAAGCCACAAUUUGAUUUGGGGAAAAUGUACCAUAGGUUGUCUUUAUAAUUAAGUUGAUCAGGAACAUUGUUGCAAACUCUUCUCGAGUUAAUUUCCACUUUCAACAACAACCUGAAUAGUAGCUAGGCUUAUUCGGAGUAGUUUUUCAAGUUGAUCUAGCAGUGGGAAUUCCUAGUUUAGCUAAGGAUUUCGAUUGUUAGGACUGAAUUUGUUUUCUAACAUCAUUUCAGGUGCUACUGCAUUGUCAUUGUCUUUUCAAUUACAUGUUUGCAAAUUAGUUUCCUUGUUUAAUAUAAGUACUAGUUCCAAAGUUCUACAUUUCUACACCUAUGUCCAUCAUCACUAAUAACUUCUUAGGGUACGGUAAUCAAUUUCUUACAAUGAGGAAUGGCAAAAUCAAGGGGAACGAAAGUCGAGAACGCAAAAAUCUCUGGAAAUUGGACAGUAAUGUAGACAUUCUCAGAUAAAUCUAAGUAGUGGUUUAGUCGAGUAACUUACUGAACUUGCAUCUAUCCUCGUUCAGAGAAGCAUAUAACGGCCUCCCAAGUACUCAUGCAUGUCUUGCUCUCACAUGCCUGCAGCCGGGAAAUUCAUCGCGCAUUUCAUCAAACACUUUGCCUCUCCCCUCAAAAAAAGGUCAAGAACUCUGUCACAGUGAAGAAACGAACAUAACAAUAUCAAACCUAAGUUUAACAACCUCCAAUAGCUUAAUAUGAAAUUAAGAUGCCGAAAAAUGGAGUGGUAGAGUAACUUAAAUCUUCCCAUGUCCUUAUGCUUGUGGAUAAUGUCAACCCUUCUCAGACAUGGAGCUUUCGAGCUCAUUGAGGCAUUUCAUCGAACACCUUGGCACCAUUCCUAAAAGAAACUCUAGAGCAGAUGUGCUACAAAGAAUCUCUGCUUCUUGAGCAUAUGCUUACUGAUCUGAAAGAAUUCAUUGCAAGUGGUUAUUUUGUUUGCCAUGGUUGCCGUCAAUGCCGUGCCAGAAUAGAUGGGAGUUACAGGCUUUCUGAUAUCACUAGUGCAUUUCAAGUGAAACAAAGGCGCGGGACAAGGAAA